AAAAGAGAAGCAAAGGAACAAAGGAAUUCAGUUUGUUUCCAUUGUGUAUUUGCUAUAUUUGCUGAUGGCUGUCAUGGAGGAACCCAUUCUUUCUAGGCUUGAUCGUCUGGAUAACAUAUUGAGGCAUUUGGAGGAAAUUAGAGGGUGUAACAGGUCCCCAAAGAGCUCUUGUGCAUCCACAACAUCAAGUGGGACCGUCAUAAGUGAUGGAAACAUAUCAUCCCUUGAUUUUUCCCCAAGGAGCCUAGAGAAGCGCUGCCGUCCGAUCAACCAUGUGAAGAUUGAGGCUGAAGUGAAAGGAACACUCAUAGAGAGGCUUGAUCAUGCAGAAGAACGUGUACUAAAGUUGUGUUUGCAAUUGGAGGAGCAAUUAGAGGCAGAGAGAAAAAUAAAGGAGAAAACUGAGAAGAAAACCCACAAGAAGAAGGGACUAAAGCAAUUUGUCCAACGAUGUGUGAAGGGAUAAGGAUAUCAUAAAGCCAGAACUCACUAAAUAAGUAGAUUGAUGGAUUUUUUUUCCUUGAAUUUCUCCCACUUUUGGUUGAGAGUUUUGUAUAUAUGGAUGAAAAUUUUGUGUCAAGUGUUUUAGGUGAAACAAUUAGUGAAAAAAU